UCCUUGAGGUUCUUUUCUGCUUCAAUUGAUUUAAUGCCUGCAAGAUUAUUUCCUCUUCAGUAUGCAUGGAAGCUAUUACUAGCUUUGGUGUUUGGAGCUAGUUUAAUUCCAUGUCAAUUAGUGGAUUUCCUGAGACAUUGCCACUGUAUUUGUCGUCUUCCAACACUAUUUUGGGGUCAGGUACUCAACUUUUAUGGGUUGAUUCUUAUUAAGGCUAACAUGUUAAUGAGUGACUAUGGAUCUGACCCCAUUCCCCUUGGAGCGUUUUUAAUCAUUCUUGUUUGUCAUUUUGAUAUGGGCUGGUACAUUACCAACUCAUUUUCACAAAUGAUAUACCUUACUGCGUAUUGGCUGCACAUGAUUUGUUCUACAAAAUGGUAUCUUCAGUUGCUUCCGUGUGUUAUGCAUCAUGCUAUAGUUUGGUCUGGAUAUGGGCGACUGGAUUAUACUUCACAACGUAAUUCAUCUAGUAGUUACUUUCAUCUGAACUCUGAGAUUCAUGAACUUCUAGAUCCCUUGCCGACUGCAGCAGAUGAUCACAGUAUUUGUGGCAAGAUUGAUGUUUUCUAUGGUACACCUAAACUGACAGACACAUUCGCAGCUUUAGCUUCCCAGACAGAUAUUUCUUUUGCUUGGAAUAGUUCAGCCUCAUCGAUUGAACCAUCAAUAUACAGAUCUGAUGUCUUGACAAGAAAAGCGUGGCUUGAGAAUCAGAGGCAAGAGGUACUUCUCUGUUUCAAGGGAGAUGACAGAAAUCUUGCGAGUGAGGACCUUGCUGCUACAAUGUGUUUUUGCUACUUCUCAGCCUUAUACAAGGGGCAGUCAGGGUGAUGGUGCUACUAGCAAGACUCCAGAAGAUUUUCACUUGAUUUUAUCGUCGGCGCGGUGUGUGGUGUCAAAAGCAAACAUUAUGUUUAUGAAGCCAGUGCAUAUGAUACUCCAGGCUGCCUUUAUCUAUCUCUGGAGGCUCUUCGCGUUGCUUCUAAGUAUUGCUCAGAAUUUCCAAGCUCAAUGUACAGCAGUGGAAUUCUUUGUACUGAAGUGUACUGUUCUUCAUCUGUUUGAAUCUGUUGUCGGUAUCACCAGUCUGAGAACCAUGAUGUCCCCGUGCUCUACCCUUUAUGUACCUCUCGCUGAUUAUGUUCGCCGCAGAGUAAACAUCAGGUCACUUUCGGCUACGACAACUUGCUUUGUAGAGCUAGUGAGGGGGCUAUUCAUCACACAAGCCUUACAUCAAGAACAGCCUGUCGGACAUACUCUUAUUUGUAUUCCUCCACAGACUACUCAAGUGCAGAAGACAUGGUUGACGCAGAUGGGUCAGGGGAUGCUUCAAGCACUGCAACCGGAGAGGAGUUUUGUCGAAUUUUCAUGUGCUGAUUUCUUGUUCAAGGCCUGAGGACAUGCCUUAUUUUAAGGGGGGAGGAAUGUUAGGACUAUUAGUCUACAACCCUAUAUAAUCUUGGGCUAGUGUGUUAAUUACUUAGAUGGGCUGGUCAUUGGACUCGGGUCGAGUCAUGCUGUUAUUAGGUAGG